GGCGCGGAAGCCCGGGCCACAAUCAACCGGCAACUGGGCCGGCUGGGUGGACGCGCUAGCAGCAGACGCCGGGGCCCCGAACCGUGCCCGUCGCUUGGUGGGAGACUUUGAGAUUCUGAAAAUCGACCGCACGAUAAGCCGCUGCCUCUUUGCGACCGGACGGAGCAGUUCAUGACCAAUUGAACCAGAAUCAUGGAGCUCCGCUCAGCACUCCAGUCCGUCUGCCGCACGACGGUAGCGGCCGCCUCCGCCAGCGCCCGGUCCAGCCUCGCCGGUCGCCAUGCCUUCUCUACCAGCGCCCGCGCCCAAUUACAGCCGCCGCCCAACCCCUACGUCUCGGGCAAGUCACGCAUCGAGACUCUCCGAGCGGCUCUCUCGAACCGGAAGCCCGCCGCCGCCGCCGCCGGUGGCCCCGGCACCACCUCCUCAUCCUCUGCUCUCCCUCCCCGUCCUCCCACUGCCAACGACAACCCUUGGACGAUCGUCGACGCCAUCAACAAGGACAGCAGCGCCUCCUCCUCCGGUGGCGCCCUCCACUCCUCCUCCAAGCCCUCGCCCAUGCAGACCUGGAACGAAACUGAUUUCGAGACCCGCCACAUGGCUCCCCAGCAGGAGCUCAACAUCCGCCUCCGUCCGUCGACCGGCAGGACGUUCUACGUGUCCGGACAUCAAGAUUUCGCGGGCGCGAUGAAGCAGCUGCACAGGGCGGUUCAGCAGAAUCGGGUGAAGAAGGACGUGCGGCUGCAGAGGUUCCAUGAGCGUCCGGCGCUCAAGAGGAAGAGGAACCUGAGGGAGAGGUGGAGGACUCGCUUCAAGGAGGGCUUCAAGGCGGCGGUCAACAGGACCUUCGAGUUGAAGAACCAGGGGUGGUAAAAGAAGAGAUAAGGGGGAAAGAAGAUGGAAAAUGGGGCGAUAUUUCGCGAUUCGAGGGGCCGAACGGAUAGAGAUGGGACGACGACGACGACGACCAAAGCAGACCUAGACUGGAUGGGAGGAACAGAGCUAGAAGUCGAUCGCAUCGAUGUAUCACCACCAAGCCAAACCUUGUUUGAACCCGAAAAGAAACCCCGCCAAGACAAGACUUGUACAAUAUCCAGGCGCGGAUUCCUGCGAUUAAUGAAUGAAGGCCU